AUGGAAGUGGGCUCGGGUUCUUCAUCUAAGAGGCAAAAUUCUGGUCAGAGACGGUGUCACUGUGACUUACCGGCGAUGAUAACGCAAGCUGGGACCGAUAAAAACCCAGGGAGGAGAUUUUAUGGCUGUCCGCGUUAUAAGCUUGGUAAUGAAUGCAAGUACUUCUGUUGGUUUGAUGAAGAGGAAGGUACAAAAUGGCAAAAAAGAGCUUUAAUUGAAGCUCGUGAUGAAAUUCGGGAGAAGAAUAGAGUGAUUGAGCAGUUGAAGAAGACUAUUUCACAAUUGAGACAAAGGGUGACAGUGAAUGAGAAGACGAAAUUGUUUGGCAGUUUGAAGAAUUCUAUGUUUAAACUAUGGUAUUCUAUGUGUGAUCUUGUUUUUCUUUUGUCACUUAUGUAUGAAUAUGGUUAA